AUGGUGAAGGAAACCAAAUUGUACGACCUUUUAGGGGUUUCACCAGAUGCUUCAGACACCCAAAUCAAGAAGGCUUAUAGAAAAGCUGCUUUGAAAUACCAUCCAGAUAAGAACCCUAGCGAAGAAGCUGCCGAAAAAUUCAAAGAAAUCACUUCAGCUUACGAAGUCUUGUCAGACGAAACCAAGAGAACACAAUACGAUGAAUACGGUACUGAGGGUCCAGGUAUGGGAGGCAUGGGAGGAAUGGAUCCUAACGACAUCUUUUCACAAUUCUUUGGUGGCGGUAUGUUCGGUGGUGGUGCUGGCGGACGUCCACAAGGUCCAAAAAGAGGUAAAGAUGUCAAACACAGCCUUGAAGUGUCUUUGGAAGACCUUUACAAGGGUAAGACCACAAAAUUGGCCUUGAACAAGACUAUCUUAUGUAAAUCUUGUGACGGUAGAGGUGGUAAGGAAGGAGCUGUUAAACAAUGUACCGGCUGUGGUGGUAAUGGUGUUAAAUUUGUUACUAGACAAAUGGGUCCAGUCAUUCAGAGAUUCCAAACUGAGUGUGACGCUUGUCAUGGUGAAGGUAGUAUCAUCAAUCCAAAAGACAGAUGUACCACUUGUAGAGGUAAGAAGACUGUGUCUGAAAAGAAGAUUCUUGUCGUUCACAUUGAUCCAGGUAUGAAGGAUGGCGAAACUGUCACUUUCAGAGGCGAAGGUGAUCAAGCUCCAGACACCAUUACCGGUGACGUUAUCAUUAUAAUCCACGAAAAGGAACACCCAGACUUCACCAGAAAGGGCAAUGACUUAUUCAAGAAACAAAAGAUUGACUUGUUGACUGCUAUUGCCGGUGGCGAAAUUGCCUUCCCACACAUUAGUGGUGCAUGGAUCAAGACAGAAAUCUUGCCAGGUGAAGUGAUUUCUCACGGUGUUGUGAAGGUUAUUCCAGACCAAGGUAUGCCAAUUAGAAGAGUUGGUGGUCACGGUAACUUGUUUGUUACUUUUGAGGUUGAAUUCCCUAAGAAUGGUUUCGCUUCUGAAGACAAACUCAAGUUAUUGGAACAAGUAUUGCCUGCUAGACCAAAGGUUAAGAUUCCUGCAGGUAAGGAAAUUGAUGAAGUUCAGUUAGAAGAAUUUGAUCAAUCCAAGCAUGCCUCUGGUAGAAGAGGUGCUGCAGAUGAAGACGAAUAUUACGAGGAAUCCGGUCCAGGUGUCCAGUGUGCCUCUCAAUAA